CAUCAACCACUUGUCUCAGUACAAACGCAUGUAUUCUCACACGAGAGACUGACUGACUCAGGGCUCAUGGUGUGAACACUGUGUUACAACUGAGGCAGAUUCAGGAUGAAGUGUUCCCAGAAAACUUGUUUGAGGGCCAAUGACUUGCUCUUGUGUCUGGGACUACUUCUGCACUGUGGGGAAGCACAAGUGAACACCGAAGUGCAGGCUGGGCCUCUGUAUCGUGUGGUGGGCUCUGAACUCUCCAUCUCUUGCAAUGUGAGUGGCUUCAGAAGUGAGAACAUUACUAAAGAAAUUCAAUUCCGUGUGAAGAAGCCUGCAAAAGCAACGGAAAUCAACAUCAUCAGCACCGGAGACCCAGAUUUCAGCUAUUCGGUGUAUAAAUCACGUGUGAGGAGCGACGAAAUUACUCUGAAACAUGAAAAUCCAAACUCAGUAUUCUUUAAGAUACAACGACUAGUGAAAGGUGAUGAAGGGGAAUAUGACUGCUCUGUAGUCAACCAUGAAUCUAAUUAUGAUGGAACAUACAGUGUUAAGACAACAGUGAAAGUGAUUGACAACUCCCUUAGUGUUUCAUCACCUGCCUCCCCCCCCACACUGAGCUAUAAUGAGGGUGAUGCUCUCACUUUAACAUGCCAGGCAUCCAGCAACACCAUCCAGCACACGCAUCUGUCUUUUGCCUGGUAUCUCCACAAAGACGGUGAGGAUCGUAAGCCUAUCAUUUCUCUGGGUAGAGAUUUCACACUGAGCCCAGGUUCGGGUUUUGAAGGGCGCUACCAAGCUGGACACAUAAGGUUAGAUAAAUUGGGGGAGGCCACAUACCAGCUAAACAUGGCUCAGCUCGAGCUAUCAGACCAAGGCAGGAUCUACUGCCAAGCUCAGGAGUGGAUUCAAGAUCCUGACCAAUCCUGGUAUUCCAUCACAGAGAAAGCUGCAAAGGAAACUACCCUGAAUGUCAAAGCCAGAGAAGUCCUGCCAGACACGUCGUCUCUGGCGGUGAGCAUUUCUGCACAGGCGGUGACUCUGCAAAAGGGGGAAGAGCUGUCACUGUCCUGCAAUGUUGACAUGCAGAACCUCAAGGAAAGGUUCUUCUCUGUAGCCUGGCUCAGAGGAAAUGUUGAGCUGGUCUGCAUUGGCCCUACAGGCAUUCAGUCUGUGGGGCCCCAGUACAGUGGGAGAAUGAAAGAAGGAGAGCUCAGAGCAUCUCGGAUAGGGGACAGAGAUUACCAUCUCAAAUUGCAGCCCGUCAGAACCGAGGACCAAGGCCAGUAUAUCUGCAGAGCAUGGCUCCAGGACAGAGGUCCAGAUGGUGCCUUUACACAGGGAGCUCCCCAGGACUCCAGCUCUCAGGAGAUCAGCAUCUUAACCACAGAAAGUGGGCUCUCAGUUGAGAUGGAAAACACCGUGGGUGUUAACGAAGGUUAUGGGCUGAUGCUCACCUGUAAAGUGCAUGGGGUCAAAGGUCAACUCUCUGUCACCUGGCAGCGCAAAUCGACAUCCACAUCAGCGGCCAUUUUCACCAAAGUCAUUAGUCUAAGUCAGGAGGGUGUUGUGGAAAAAGCGGAGUUCAUGAGUCACAAAGUAAAUGCAACGCGUACUGCGGCUGGCACCUUCAUCCUUGAGCUUGAUGAGGUCAGACCUUCUGAUGCAGGAGUCUACGAGUGUGCUGUGUCUGAGUGGGAAAGCAACAGCAAGACCAACAGCCAAUCACAGACGACCACUGUGACAGUGGUUCCUUCGGAAUCUUUUGUGAAAGUGUCACUGAUAAGUCGCAACAACAAUGUGACUGUGGGAGAAAAUGUGGAGUUGAUGUGCCGGGUCAAAGGGCCACCUGUACCAAUGACACUGGCUUGGAGCCUGCAGCGUGAUGCCUCAACCCUAGAUAACAUCCUGACAAUGUACUAUGAUGGUGCCAUCAGCUGGUCUGGAGACCAGAGCCGCUACCAGCUGAAAGUUGAGAAACAAAAGAAUGGAGUCUUUCACUAUUUGCUCAUCAACGGUGUGAGCCAAAGUGAGGUGGGAAUCUACCAGUGUAGAGUUUCUGUUUUCCUGGAUAAUGUAUAUAAGAAGCUGCCUCUAUCCAACCCGGUGGCUAUUUCGGUGCUGAACCCAACGAGCAAACUUGAUCUGACGCCAACCCCUGCCUUGACAAGAAACAUCAACACUGACAUCAAAAUAAAAUGCUCAGUUAACUCAAAACCCUCUGCUCCCACUCACUAUGCGGUCACCUGGCUACUGCAGCAGCAGGCAGAAAGUACGAUGAUUAUGAAAUCAGACAGGGAUGCUCUAGUUACAUUCGGACCAAAUGUACAACCGAGCCACAGUCAGCGAAUCAGCAUGAAGCGCACUCAAGGCCCCAGUUUUGAGUUAAAUAUUCGGCAAGCUCGAAUUUCAGACAAUGGUUCAUAUGUCUGUGAGGUGGUGGAGUGGCUUCAAGAUCCUCAUGGUGACUGGUAUCAGCUCUCACCAGUUUCCAAAACCACAGAGCUCACAGUUAUUGAGCCUGAAGUCGUUAAAGCCAUCUCCGAGCCAAAAUGCAAGUCUGAUAUCUGGAUGGGGAUGCUCAUAGUUACUGUCAUCUGCUCAAUGUUGGUCAUAGUCCUACUGGUGCUGAAGAUAUGCCGGAGCAAGGUCUCAGGAGGAAAUAAGUCUGGCGAAAAUCUGUGGGCUGAGCAACACCCUCUUAACACCAAACCCAUUGCAGACGAUUGAAGCUCAAAGAUCAGAGGAGAAAAAGAGAGAAAAAACAGCAUGCACUGAUAUUCUUAUGUAAUGUAAUACAUGCAAUGUUUUAUAAGUCAAACAUUUUCACCGUAUUUACAGCAUUUUUUAUUAUGUUUUAUUCAAUAAUUAAAUUAAAUUAGUUAAAUAAUUAUUUUUGAUAAUAGUCAAUACACGUUUUUUGAAAUGUUCUUACUGCCUUUAUGAAUUCAUGAUAAUUAAUAAGGCACUUUUCCUUUUGCAGCUAAAACAUCUUUGCAUAAUCACCAGCUUCUGACUGCCUGCAAUGGACACUUGAGCUUCUGUAGGCAGGAGAUCAACUUUGUGGCUUUACACCUACAAAGCAACAUACCGUGAAUGACAGAUUCCUUUUUAUGUAACAUCGUUCAGGCAGCUUGAUACUAUGUCUUUGAUGGGGAGAAGUCAGAGCAUAGCAUGUCUAAGGGAGCAGCUAAGCAGACGAAAUGUUUUUUUUCUGAAAGCAUGACGGGCAAUGACAGUGAUCUGUGGUUCUGCAAAAGCACAGGAUGCCUCUGUGGUCUGAGAAACUGCUGAGAGUCAAGUGUGACAGGAUUUGGGCAGACAAGUCACAGUUUGAGGUUAAUUUCAUGCAAUUGAAGUGCAAAUCAGCCAUACAACAUUUACAUGUGAUUCUGAAUGCACAAUAUAACUUAUAGAUGAGACGUGGAAGUUGUGUGUUUUGACUGUGUUUCAAGGAGUCUGCGCUUCCUGAAUAUGUGUUUGUGUGUAGAGUCUGUGCAAACAGCGCUUAUUCAUUUUUGUUUGUUUUGGCUGGCUCAAUCACAUUGGAUUUGUAAUUAAACAUUUACUAUGAGAUGAAAAAUCUGACUUUCAA